AUGACGGCCACUUCGACGCCGUCCGAGCCGUCCGGACCGUCCGCGCGCGCCACUAGCGGCAGCCCUUGGCGGUCACCAUCGACCUGCAGAGGCGCAGGGAAGCCAAGGCCCCGUUACUGCCAGUUGGUCACCUGCGUCGCUCGCGGGUUCUUCGAAAGUGGCCAGCCAGUUGAGCGUCCCUCUCAGACGGUCGCAGCCAUCCACAAGGCCUCGCCUCGCCUCGCGUCCGUCAUGGUCAAGAAGACCAACUUCGACGUCACCGACUUCGACAACCAGGUGGACAGCCUGGACAUGGCCCUCGAGCUCGACGACGAGGGGAACGUCUUCAUCGCGCAGCGCGAGUUUUGGGCGCGCCUCCGGACCCGUCUCUCCGUCAACAAUGCGUCCCAGGGGCUAGACGUCCUGGACGCCAUGGCCAUGGACGUCCUGUCGGGUGGCGACGCACGCCGCCUGAACCAGAUCCUCGUGAUCCUGCCGCACCCCGACCAGAUGCAGGCCGGCGAGCCUGCCGAGCACUCUGUCCUGUCGAUCCCGAUGCCGCCGUUGGUGCCCACGCCAGAGUCGACGUCACCGCCACCACGUCCAUCGACAGGGACCAGAUCGUCGCCACGGACGUCUUCCAAGACGAGACCGCCAUCGAAGAAGAAACAGAAGGCCGCGGCCAAGAAGAAGGCCGAGGCCUACGACUUCCGGUUGCCGACGACGGCGCCCGCGCGACUGAAGAUCGACCUGGCCGCACUUACGCAGCGUGCCUUCAGCAAGGGCCUCGCUCCGUUCCGCUUGGCGUACCCCUGGCGCAAACAGCGGUGCUGGUACCCGCCAUCCGAGUAUCCCGAGUUGCACCUCGUCCACUACCGUGCCAACAUGCGCUUCCACGAGCUGUUUUUUCCUGUGGGCGCUCGGCGCAAGGAGAAAAUGAAUGCGUGCCGAGCGCGGAACGAGCUCAUUAGCUACAACAUCGAGGAGCGAGGGUACUUCGGCUUUCUCGACGACUUCGAGAACGAUGCUCAUGACACGCUCAUGUGGUUGGGAGGCAGAGCGGCCAAGCACUCUGCCGGCGCGGCUAAGAGCAAGGGCGCGGCGCACGAGGACCUCGGCGUUGUCUUCGCAAUGGACAAGAUUCUCUACGAGCGGGCCAUCGAGCGAGCUCUCGACCCCAAGAUCGUCGACGAACACGGCUACGCCUCGACUCCGGAGCUCCUCGAGGAGGCGGAGCUCAUCGACCCCACGCGAGCGCCACACCUGCGACUUUCCGACAAGGCCCUCGCUCGCAUCAAGCUCGACGUCACCAGCGGGCCACCCUCCGUGCCUUCUUGGGUGGGCAACCGAACCCGCGGCCCGUGCAAGGCCCUCUUGUCGGACGCGUCGCUCAAAGACACCAUUGAGGAGGUGGUCGAGCUCCUGGUCUUGGGCAUGAAGGUGGCCGUGUACGACCAGAAGCCUUUCAACCCCGACGAGCAGGGCGACGAUGACUCGGACUUCGAGGACGAGGACGGAGCCUUCACGGCGUUGCCUCCGACGCCCCCCGUGCAGUACCGGGCUCCCGCCGUCAAACAGCGAGCUACCACUCCGUCCAAGCCAGGAGUUCCGGUUUCUCGCUCCAGCAAGUCAGGCGAGUCCGAAGACUCCAGCGACGACAAGAAGAAGCCGGCGGCCAUAGACGACAGCGACAAGGACGACAAGGCCCAACCCAAGACCACCAAGGCCCCCGUCGCGGCCAAAGAGACGCUGCCGGGCGACGAAGCAGACGACGACGGCGAGGUAGCGAGCGAGCCUCCGACCAAGGAGCUCAAGUCGCGUUCCGCAAGCGUCCCAAGGCCAAGUGAGUCAUGCGCACACCUCGGAUCUCCGUUUAUCUUCUUCAUUUCGUUGUAG